GUCGGUGUACUCCGAACUUCACAACAAGAGGACAUACACAGGUCUUAUUGACCAUUUAGUGCAGACAUUGGUCGUGUAGGGAGUGCGGAGGAGGACGGGAAGGUUGAAACUAAGUGCACGCUGUCGUUUAUACGGUUGGAUCGUUUAAUAAGCUUCACUAGUUCCAGUAUUUCACUGCUGCAUUACCUUGGUUUGCUCCCUGGGCGAUGAAAACAAACAUGAACAAACCAUACGAAUCAACGAACGUCAACGAAGUUGAAGAACACAUCACUUUGAAAUAUGAGAUCAAGAAAAGACUUGGAAAAGGGGCAUAUGGAAUCGUCUGGAAGGCAGUUGACCGACAGACGGGUGACAUUGUGGCUGUAAAGAAGAUUUUUGAUGCCUUCAGAAACAGGACAGAUGCUCAGCGCACCUUCAGAGAAAUAUUACUCUUACAGGAGUUUGGCGAUCACCCAAACAUUGUCAAGCUCCUCAAUGUCAUCAGAGCUCACAAUGAUAAAGAUAUUUAUCUCAUCUUUGAAUAUAUGGAGACUGAUCUACAUGCUGUUAUUAAAAAAGGAACUUUGCUUAAAGACAUUCAUAAACGUUAUGUGAUGUACCAACUCUUAAAGGCAGCUAAAUAUCUACAUUCGGGGAACGUCAUCCACAGAGACCAGAAGCCCUCCAACGUUCUCCUGGACACCAAUUGCUCUGUUAAACUGUGUGACUUUGGCCUGGCCAGGUCACUCAACCAAAUUCAAGAGCAUGGCACGAAUCCGGCACUCACUGAGUAUGUGGCAACACGAUGGUAUCGAGCGCCCGAGAUCCUGCUGGGAUCCACAAGGUACACCAAGGGUGUGGACAUGUGGAGCCUCGGCUGCAUCCUGGGAGAGAUGUUGCUUGGCAAGGCGCUGUUUCCAGGAACAUCAACAAUUAACCAAAUAGAACGGAUCAUGGGAGUCAUUCCUCACCCCAGCCCUGAAGAUGUCCAUGCCAUCCAGUCAGAGUAUGGAUCAUCUAUCAUCCAGAGAAUGAUGCUCAAGCCACAGAGAUCAUUGGAGUGUCUCAUUCAGCCGUCAGCGCCUUCUGAUGCUCUGGACCUUCUAAAAGGAUUGUUGGUUUUCAAUCCUGACAAGCGACUGACAGCUGAGCAAGCUCUUCAGCAUCCAUAUGUAGCCAAAUUCCACAACACAGCCAAGGAGCCUGCGCUCUCUUAUGAUGUGGUGCUGCCGCUCGAAGAUGAUGCCCACUUAUCUGCUGUUCAGUACCGCAACAAACUUUAUGAGAUGAUGCUGGAGAGGCGAACAAACAUGGGGAUGCUGAAUGUAAUUCAACCUAUAAGUGGAUUUGGAACUACUAAAAGAGAACAAGGCAAAGAAAAAACAGAGAGUGGCAAUGUGAAUGGGAUCAGUCAUCUAAAUGGUAACCAAGAUGAAAAGAUUCAGGAUGAAGAAAAACUCAACAUGGAAUCAAACAGAGACUUUGCUAGAAGUCAUCGACUCGCUGAGGAUAACAGCCAGAUGUCAAAGGUUACCUACAACCCAAUUACUCAUGUCCCAAAUGAUUUUGUUCAGAAGCCCCCAGUAGUUUCUCUGCACCAUGAGCCAAGCAGAGAACUUGAAAGAGGGUUGACAAGAUCACCAGCAGAGGCCGCCACAACUCAUUCUUCCAUUGACCAGAUCCUCCAGCAUGGUAGAUCGGUCCCAACAGCCCAUAAAUGCUCCUUCUCCUUGGUACUAACCCACACACAGAACAACAUGUUGGUUCGCAGGAAGGAAUCUUCUCUGUCUGCAGGACUAAAUGUUAAGGCUAUUAACCCGAAGCAGCGGCCCAAAAGUCAUGAGGCUCAUCCACCGCUCCGUUUCAGCAAGAAGGUGUUUCAGACCAACUGUAAUGUGGCUGCUUCAGGGGACCCACGAGCCAAACUUGGAAGCUACUCCCAGGCCUAUGGAACCAUCAAGAAGACAGCACUGGACAAUCUGCUGCCAAGUCGGCCUUAUCAGUAAAUACCUGGCAUAGAUUCAAUACCGUUACGCAUCAUUCUCCUGUAUACCAUUGACAUUUCUGUAAUAAAUCCACAAAUAGAAAAUACAGUAUAAACAUCAACAAAACAAACCUGACAAUAUUUUGAAUUUACGAUGUAUUUCAGGAAUUGGCAAUAUUAAGGUUUUUAUUCGUGUUUGGUUGGCCAAAAAAAUAUUGUUUCAUUUAAAGCACACACAUUGUACAUGAUGUUCAGAACUGUUGUAUCACUGUUGGGUUGCCAAUUAGAUUAUAAAUGAACAAGAACGUUUUAACUUUCAUCAACACCAUCAGCUUUAAGCUGGUUCCUUACUUGACAAAUGACAAAUCUCCCCAAUUUUAGUGUCUGUUUUCAUUGUUGUGAGUGAUAUUUGAAGUUUGAGAGGUCAGGAUUGUGUUGCAAUAGGACUCCGUAGUUGCUUUGUCAUCACCAACCGUAAAUAACCGUACCUCCUUGUUAAUGUGACUAUCACAUGAACUGAGGGAACUGUGAGAUAUGUAAAUUGUAAAAUGGAUUUAAUGUGCCUUUUUGCUCAUGACGAAUCAGGUCACGCAGAACUGUCUGCAUCAGGCUUGGACGUUGUGCAGCCCAUGUGAUUUUAAGACUAAGGCGAGGAAGUUUAUUUUUAUUUUGUUGCACAAGUUCAUAAACUGUACUUUAAGUCAACUUGAUUUAAAAAAAAAAAGUAUGCAAUAAUCCACUCAUCGUGGUUCAUAUUUGUGUCUUCAAUAUUUUGCAAUUAUGUAUCAUAUUUCAAUUGAUAGUGGGAUUCAAUAUUUAAUGUUUUGUAUUUUUUCUCUUGCUAAAUAGCAUAAUAUAUAUAUAUAAAAAAUGCACUGAUCAUUUCCAAUUUACUGGAACAUUCUUUGCUUUUCGGGAGUGGAAAUUCUUCUACCCCCUUGAGUCGACCUUGGAUA